AUGUCGACCACGGCUACAUCGAGAAAUCCCUCCUUGCUUGCAAUACUUCUUGUCGCCCAAGGUCGGACUGGGUCAGGUGCUCAGCUUGUCUUCCACUAUCCUCCAGACCCUUUGACAGCAGCUCGGACAGCAGAAGCUACAUCUUCAGCGGAAGACGAGGAAGGAGAAAGCUCUAGCAGUGACUCUGAGCAAUCUUCUUCGGACGACGACUUUGAGUUGUUCACGAAGAGGCUCAAUCCUGCGGUAGCUCCCAGCGUUGAUGGUCGGUCACAGAAGUCAGAUGAAGACGGAGACGAGGAUGAUUAUCAGCUAAAGAAACGGACUGCAGACAAUGGAGACUGGAGGCCACCAUGGGAACCACUCCUUGGGCUAGGGCAGGAUGGCCUUGUGAGCCUGUUGACUCCGGGACGCGCCUGGCACAAGCGCAGAUUUGAGCUGGGGAUCAAUGAUUUGACCUUCCUGGGAAGACCAGUCUAUGUCCAUGAAGAAGGAUACUGGCGAGAACAGAGAGCUCGCGAUCAGAAAUCUGCUGAUGAAGAAACCGCACAGCAGUCCUCCGAAACCGCAGUCAGUGACGGUGGGAAUGACGAUGAAAGCAACAUUGUGGACAGCUCGUCAAGCCAACAUGUCUCCAAGAAGAAGCAGAAGACUUCCAAAGAAUUCACAAAGACACAGCUUACUAUGUUUCAUGUGGUGUUUGUGAUGGAUCCUCCUCCAUUAGAACAUGCCCUCAGAGUCAAGGAGAUGUAUGAUCAUGUCGUCAAGAAAUUCUCAAAAGUUCUGAAAUGGGAACAGACUCAUCAUGAUUAUGUUUGGGAACAAUCAGAACUGUUGCAAUCUAUCAAAUCAACCCAUCUGCAGCAGCAGUCGCCGCCUAGAGUGUUGUAUACGGAAAUGCUUCGGCGCUCUUCGUUGGCAACAGCUAUUGCCAAGGUGUUUGACAACAUUUCGGCGUCGAAGAUAGCUGCGAUCACUCUCAGUUCUAAGCUGUCAGUGUCUCUACAAAUCCCGCCGGUCACCUCGACUUCCUACCUACCUUCUCUCACAGAACCUCCUCUUGAACCAGGCCUUUGGCUUACAACUGCCACCGAUCCUGCUUCAACGGAAUCUGACAUGGAUGCGGUCUCGAGUACGGGCGCCCUCCAGCUCUCUAAAAACUUCACCCUUCUUCUAAAGGCUAGUCCUCAAAAGAUCAUCAAAGACGUCCAAGCUGCUGGCGGGCCACUGGCGAUGCCGUUGACCAACUUUAUCACUAAGGCCCAACCGACCAAGUCCUUCUACAAGAUUUCAGUCGUCUCCGGUAUCCCAUUGCCCGACAUUCAGCACCUUGCUCGUCAUCUCGUGUUCUGGCGACGUGCGAUAGCAAUUCCACCAUUGCAUCAGCGAGAUACCUAUAUCGUUUCUCCGAACGCGAACAUGCAGAAAUUGGUAGCGUCGUGUAUGACCUAUGAGGCGACAUUCCCCAUGAUGCCAUCUUUACCCAAGAUGCUCAGUGCCUUGAGCGGGACUCCUGCUCCAUACGGCACGCUGAUUCCCAGCAAUGACCACAAAGAAGAAUAUUACCGCGUCUUAGCAUGGCUCAUGCGAGAUGGAUGGGUAACACAGCUGCGAACGUUCGCUUUCGUUCGUGUUGACCCUGAAGUCAAAAAAGCUGUGCGCGAGAAGGAACGGGAAGAAAAGGGAUCUAAAACGCCUGUUGAGAAAGAAUUCAAAAACUCACCUGAUGUAGCGAGGAGUUUUGGAAGUGGAACGCCAACAACUGUUGCAAGCAGUAUGGUCUCCACGUUUAAGCAGCGUCCCAGCAUGGUGAGCCGUCCAUCCAGUGACGGAAGACAAUCAGUAUCGACAGACCACACCAGCAGUCGUGGACAGCAAUUCAAGCACAACCCGAAAGCGGCAAGCCUGGUGUUGUCCCCUCAGCGGGCGUCACCAGAAGAGUCUCGUUGGCUUGACCAUAUUGCUUCCACACUGGUGCCCUCUCGUAAUCCUUCACCAACAGACCUGUCGGCAUCGCCCAUAUCCAGUCACGAUCCGGAAACGGCCGAGCUUCGGCGAUACUGGCCGGUCUUGGUCAAGUAUUUUACUGGUCAUGAAGCGCUUGAAAAGAUUCCUGUUCGUGAAGGACUGAAGAGAAAGUUUGUAUGGGAUAUGCUUGCAAAAAUGGGACUAGAUUUUGAUGGUGGCGUUGAGGACGACAAAGGUGAGAAUAAAAAGGCUCUGGUGACAAUACGACAUUGGUAG